UAGAUGAGCAUGUCAGGGAGAUUAGUAGGAGGAGUAUAUAAGAAGACACCAGGGCAAAGACCGGACACAAACUGACCAGAGAGACAUUGACCAGAAGCCAACUGUGUGACUCCAAACAAACAGCGUAUAAGAUGGCAGACACAGCCGUUGCAGCCCCCGCCGACAGGAAGGCCCCUCCCAAGUUCAAGCAGAGGACCACUCGUACCUUCAAGAGCAAGGCCCCAAAACCAGGCCAGAAGGGAUUUGGAGACGAAAUCCCCGGCAUGGAGGGUCUUGGCACAGACAUCACUGUGGUUUGCCCAUGGGAAGCCUUCGGGGACAUGGAGCUCAGCGACCUGGCGAAAUAUGGAAUUGUCUAGAGACCCUGACUCAUUUUUACCACAACGAUUUUACCUCCCUGCACAGAUUUUCCUUUGCCCACUCCUCACCUCUCGCCCCAUUUUCCUUCACUUGACCUGAUGAAACAUUGCACAAAACUAUUACCCAAAGCUGAUUCCAAAAUGUGGCAAAUAUUAUUUUGAAAGUUAUAUAUUACAAUUAUUUAUUUAUAUAUGCUUUACUGAGAUGUACAUGAAUGGAGCAACAACUCAAAAUGUCCUCUCCCAUACCUUGCACUUUACUUGUGCAUUUUUGAGAGACAAUUUAAAUCUGUUCAGCAGUAUAUCACCACUAAACCUUUGCUCCUCUCCUGCCUUUUCUACUCCAUUACCUCAUUCUCUUUGAAACUAUUCCUUUUCAAUAUACAGCUGUUUAUGGUUAUAUAUAUAUUUCUAUUUUUAUGAACUAUAAAUGUAAAUUUGUGCACCCUAUCAAUAGGAUAGUGAGUUGAACUGUCAAUAAAUAUUUUUCCCCAAAGAAA